CUGAGCCGACGGCGGCUCCGCACAUCCUCCUAUAAAAUAUGUAUCGUCUCCCUCGCGGGCCUUCAUACCGAAACCCUCAACAUCUGGACACAUCUACUCGGUGCGGUUUGGUUCGUCUGUAGCACAAUCCGCUUUGCGGCCGCCUGCGCCAAUCCACUUGCCCGAGACGCUGCGGCAGUGUUGGUGUACCUCGGGGCCACUGCUCUGUGCUUCACGAGCUCGACGCUCUACCACGUCUUCGCCGAUCACGUUCAUGCAGACGCCUGGCUACGCAUCGACCACUUUGGCAUAGCCUGCGUGAUAUGGGCCUCCUCGGUCUCUUUCGUGCUCUUCUCCUUCGAUUGCCGGCGAGGCGAAGGGUGGACGUAUAUAGCUCUUGUCACUGCAGCUGCGGCGCUGUGCCUGGCUCGUCUCUGGGACAUGCAAGGGUACAGCACGAAGGGUCGGUUGAAACGUCUCAGCACACAUAUCGCCUUUGGAGGGCUCGCAGCCGUGCCUGGGCUUCGCUGCUGGCACUUGCACAAGCAAGGGCAGCACGUUCAACUGCUGAAGGAGUUCUGGAGUCUUGUCGCUAUCAACAGCACGGGAGGCGGCAUCUACGCAACCCAUCUUCUCGACAAAGCUAUCGGGAUGGAGCUAGGCCUACCAGAUGCCAGUCACCACGUCAUGCAUGUCAUGGUGUUUGCCGGGGCGUGGAUCUACGGACGAGGUCUUCUCGCCUUG